GAGCCGAGUGGAGCCGAGCCGUCCUCAGCCCACCCCGCGAGGCCCAAGGCGGAAGGAGCGGCUCCACCGCCGCCCUUUGCUCGUUGCUCCCGCAGUGGCCCGGCUGUUUGUUUCCGCCCGGCUGAAGCAGACGUCGGGCCGUCAGUUCGCCGCCCCCUAUGCUGGGUAUCGCGGAGCCGGCGAAAGGGGAAGCCAACAUGAGGUCGGUAUCAGAAGAGCCAGUCCCAUUACAUGAAGAAUUUAUCUACUGUUGUGGAGCUGCUACACAUGUUUUAAAGUGUGGUCCCUGGAAAGACCUCUCAAAGGAUGAAAGUAAAAAUCUACCCAGGCUCUUGUUUAUGAUUAUUCCUGGUAACCCUGGGCUGGCAGGUUAUUACAGGACCUUUAUAAAGGCGUUAUAUUGUGGACUAAAUCAGCAGUAUCCUGUCUGGGUUGUGAGCCAUGCUGGACACUGUAAGCCUCCUAGUGGUAUGGAGAUGAUAGAAGACACGGACAUUAAGGAGCUGGAGGAUGUGUUUGGACUUAAUGGACAAGUAGAACAUAAGCUGAACUUCCUUAAAAAGAAUGUAUCAAAAGAUAUAAAGCUGGUACUGAUUGCUCAUUCGAUUGGUUGCUACAUCACACUGGAGAUGAUGAAGCGAGCAUCAGAACUUCAGGUCCUCCGCUCUGUGCUGCUGUUUCCCACGAUAGAACGCAUGGCCCAGUCCCCGCAGGGCAAGCUGAUGACCCCGCUGCUGUGCAAGCUGCGCUACGCCCUCUACAUGCCCGUCUACCUGCUGUCCUUCCUGCCCGAGGGCGUCAAGGCCUCCCUCGUGCGCUUUGCUCUGCGGGGCAUGAAGACCUGCGAUGAAUCUUCAAUAACGACCUCAGUAAAUCUCUUCAGCGUGGAUUGCAUCGCCAACAUCUUGUAUAUGGCCAGCCAAGAAAUGAUGAAGGUUGUGGAGAGAGACAGUACAACCAUAAAGCAAAACUUAAAGAAGCUGAUUUUUUACUAUGGAACUGGAGACAGCUGGUGUCCGCAGAACUACUACGAUGAAAUCAAAAUGGAUUUUCCAGAUGGGGACAUUCGACUUUGUGAGAAAGGACUCCGCCACGCGUUCGUGCUGGAUGCCAGCAAGGAGAUGGCUGCCAUGAUUACGGACUGGUUACGGGAUGAUCUGACCAAAUUAUAAGUCCAGUGAUUAACAAGAAAACGAUGUAAUUAUUUUGUGACCGUGUAAUUUUUUGUGAGAGAGUCUGUCUUUUUUUUUUUUUUUUUUUUUUUUCCUGUUUAUUACAGAUUAUGGCUUGUUUUCUAAUGAGAAGUUUUAGAGAAAGUUAAAGAGAGACUGGCUGGUCCAAACUAUAGUUUUAUCUUUUAAUGGCUAUGUACUUUAAUCCCGUGUCUUCAGCACUCUGAAGGGCAUAGAAAAGUAUGGAAUAUUUAUUGUCUUCUAGCACUCUAGACAACACUGAUAGUAGAUUCAUUGACUGAAAGUGUGGCUGAGUUACUGUCACCUCAGCUGCUCACUGAAGAACUGUCAGGGCUGGAUUUAGGGCAGCCCAUUUGGCCUGGUUUAGAAAGAAAUAUCAGGCUAUUCUGUGCCAACUGAAAUUGGUAUGCUCUGAGAGGUCUGACCCUCUCCACCCAUUUCAUCUCUGUGUAUCCCUGGCACAAGAAUAAUAGACAGCCAGGACAGCCCAAGGGCCAGCAUUGUCUCCUUCAGGUGGGACAGGGCUGCUGGGUUUCAGAGAUCAGGCCGAGGCUGGGGUUUUUAUGAGGGAGAUGUGAAGAUGAGGUGAAGACAAGAUCCUCCAAGUGGGGUUCAGAGUACUACCAGAACUCCACAGUGUGUUAAGCUUAACAUAGGGUAAGUGUGGCUGCUCAGCUGGGGAAGAUAUUUGGAGCCUUUGGUUCAUUUUGUGAUUGUAAAGAAAGUAAAGGACCCUUGUCACAAAUGCCAGUGCUACAAGGUUGAAGUCGAUUCAGAAUCCAUGUGUAACUACUUGUAAGUGCCCAGGCUCUCUGAGCUGUCAUUCUUAUAAUGAAACCCAUGAGAACAGUGUUUGCUCAGCAAUUUUGAAGAAUUAAAUCACUUUUGAUGCAUGCGUAAAUUUCAGUUCUUUGCUCUAAGGACUGAAGCAUGAUUUUUUCUGCCAAGGCACGGAUUAGAUAAGUGAGAAAAUGGCUGUUCUGCCAUUGUCGCACCCAUGGAAGUGCAUGAAAUGUUAGUAUUUAGGACCAGAUCCCAUCUGUAGCACACUGUUGACAAGUAUGCUCUUCCUUACAUUUCUUCAUCCCUCUCCUCUACAGAUAGGGGGGAAAAAUAUGCAGAAAUAUCCUAUGAGCUGUGAUAAUACAAGUUGUGAUAAUACAAGAGGUUAAAGCCUAAAGCUAGAAAUGAAAACAGCGUAAGUAAGGGGAAUGGAGCCAAGUGCAAUCAGGAAAGGCUUUCUAGCUGUGAACCUGUGAAAUAGUCUCCCUGUAGAGUCCCUAGAGACAUUUAUAAAGAGAUAAAUAAACAGAAACACUACAGAACAUAGUCACAGGAAGUCCUGCCCUAGCAACCAAAUGAAUUCAGAUAAUGCAUGAAGUAUCUACCUUGCACAAGUAAUUAGCAGCAUUAAUGUGGCACUACUGAGAACGGUGCUAGAGAGCAUUCUCUGAUGCUGUAGGACUGAAUGAUUAACUCCUAGCUUAUCUUGCACUACUGUAUACACACCAUCCACUUCUCUCUAGAUCCCACUUAACUCUUUUACUGUUAUUUAGAGCAAUUUGUAGAAUUCAGUUUCUGGAUAUUGUGGACCAAUUUUCAAACCUGCUGACAGCCUGUGGAUUUAAGUGCCCUUUUCUGCAGUUUGCCUUUGGAGACCAGCCAGUGGCUUUUCAGAUUACACUGCCACAUAACGAAACAGGUAGUGAUGUUUGGGGCAGAAAUGCUGAGACCCCAAUCAGUGUGUCCAAAGUGAAGGAUCUGUGCCUGUGCAACUGAUUCAGGUUAGUGGGGAGCCCUGGAAAGUUCCUUCUUUCCAGAGGCUCGUAGUCAGUGGUGAUUGAGAUAGUUCCUGUGCUCACUUUGGAAAUCCACAGUUCUUGUGUAUCUGUGUGUCUGUUCUAGCAGCCCCCAGAUGUUGGCGUGCAGUCUUCUUGAGUGUCCUUCAUAAUGACAGGUGCAAAGUGCAUCAGCUGGCCUGGGUGCUCCCUGUGGCAGAGUGAGGAUGUGUGUUUGCAUCUAAAUGUGUGUGUAUACGUGUUUAUACACAUGCGUAACACACGUGUGCAGGUUGGCAACAGAAGGAAUACAGUCAGUUUGGUCAUUUUGAUUUACACGUUGAUACUGUUGGAGAAAACAUUUGUUCUUUGCGGUACAUGGAAUCAGGAAUUGUGCAAGGAAUCAGUCUAAAAAUACAGCUGUUGUAGUGGAUCUUCUGAGGACAGAAAAAGUCUUGCAUUAACCAAAGAUGACAAGCAGCUAUUACAGCCUGGGAACUGAAGUACCUAUCAGAGGCAGUUGUUUACAGUGCAUUCUUCGUAUACUUUGUAUGAGCAAUUAAUUUAGCAAUACUUGUGUAUUCCUUUUAUACAAAUGCUAAUCUAUUAUAAAUCCUACUGACUGCAUUAAGACCUAAACUGAGAUGAGACCUGGUCAAUGAUGACCAGACCUACUGCAGGAUAAUGCCUUACUAUUUUCUUAAAGGAAUUUUCUCUGAGAUGGUUGAAACCGUAGCAAUCCAAUUGCGUCCUUCCUCCUCAAAGCCGUUACCAUAAGGCAAGGAAAAUUUGUUAUUCUGUUCAUUGCAAAAAACAGAAAAGCAUGGAUCUGAUUGUCACAGCUGUGUUUCCUAAGAGCAGUAGAUCUCACACGAUGGGAAUCCAGUGGUGUUUGCCAUGACCCGAGGCAAAGAGCGUCAGAAGUGCUUGUGGUCCAGAUGCGCCAACUUGCCAUAAAAACACAGUGUAAUCUGCCUGUUUUAGGCUAUUUUAGAGUUACUGGGAAUCCUAUCACACACGCAUUGACCGUAUGCAGUAGCAUCUGAUCUGUGUCGUUCACACUUUUGUGCUUUGUCACCACGUGAGUAAACCCUGCUAGCUGCAAUGACUUGGACUCAUGCUCGUGUUUUGCUAGAUCAAUACCUUUUGUGAUAAGUACACAAAUCCAGUAAGAAAAAUAAAGACAUUUGUUGUAAAAU